CGAAUUCUUUACGGAGUAGAGCAUUGUGCGGGUGUAAAACUAAACCCAAAUAUAACUGAGUACACAUGGGUCGGUGAUGAUAUGUUAACCGAGCUCCCUCUCACAAUUAGUCCUCUUCUUAUGAAUUCAAAUAAAAGUAAUUCAGUGGAUGAAAUAGUAAGCAGUCAGUUGAAUAUCCCUCUUCCGCAACACACACCCCAACCUGAUUGGAUUUUUACUUUGGCUGUAACUUUAGCAUUUUGGCAUCAACAACAUAUCAAUAAUACUGACGAAGGCCAUGAACGUCAUUUCGAAAAUUCCCCAAUUGGUUUAGCUAUUGCAACUUGUGUUGUAGUCAAUGUUUUCAAUAUUGAUUUCAUGAGUAGCAAUCUACAUGAACAUUACACACGGUGGAUUGACUUCAUCAGAAACGAAAUAUCACUUGCUUCUGAACGUGCUUCGUCACUAAAUCAGUCUCCAUCAUCUUGUACGAAAUCUGUCACGGAACAAAACUUAUCAAACCUAAUUGCUGUUCAACAUAUCUACAACGAAUUGCAAACCGUUGUCUCAUUACUAAACUGUUUAGCAGGGGAUGAGAAUAAGUCUAAAUUAUUUAAUUUUCUGCCUUGUUGGGUUUUGUUUCCUUCUUUUCAUCUAGUAGAUUGUCUUUCUCAUCAUUUAGACAAUCAGUUGCCCUCUAUUCGAUUAAUUCAUGUAACAAGUUACUGGAUACCUCGAUUAUAUUGUGCUAAAAGAUCUAACAAUCUGAUAACUGAUCUUAUCAACAUUUUUAAACGCUUGGUUAAUACUGUUACACUGCUUUCUGCAUCAUCUUUAUUUAAUCUGAAACCUAGUAGUAUGACUAGGAGAAGUGAACAACGUGCUCCUUUAUCAGAAUUCACUAACACCAUUCCGGUCAAUAAUGUUAACUGUAAUGAUUCGAUGUUUCACAACAUUAAACUGACUUCAGUAUUAUCUGAUGGUAAAAUUAGCAGUGUACUUGGCAAACAUCUGGAUAAACAAGUGAUUGACAGGUUUCUCUGUGAUUUGACUGAGAAACAAAAUGUU